AUGCUACAUUACUCCUGCCUUCUGUCGAUACUCUCUGGUGCUCGUAAGGAUGCACACUUGAUUUUGAAGAAAUGGAUUCACGUAGGCGUCUCAUUGGCACGAAAUGGUGACGCUUUUGCAUGCGCCUGUAUUGCCGGGGCACUGUCGGAGAAGUCGCUUACUUCCUUGACAUGGCUGUGGAAAUCCCUUGAUCCCAACGCCAAGAACGAAUAUGCGACUCUCAAAAGUAUCAACGAGUCAUUGAUGAGGGGAGAAAAGCUUGAGGCUCACAGCUACCCUACUGUUGUACCAUUUCUGCAACCGGUUUUGGAAAUUUUGUCCGGUCAGGACUCACAUUACCUGGACGGCACGAGUUACGCUUCUGAAGUUGAGUCACUGUGGGCGUGGCUAGACAGAGCUCGCGAUUGGUGCAUGACAGCCGAUGAAUCAUGCCAAACGGCUCGCAUCAAGUUCGCAGGAAUCGAGGGUGGUAUAAUGGCUCAGUCGUUCCUUAGCCGGCUCUUUAUCGGCGCUGAAAGUCACAAGGAUCGCGUGCAGGUGCUGAAUGGUAUUGUUGAGCGAUUACUCGAUGAAUGUUGA